UUAAAGCGAAGAAGAAAGAAGCUCUCGAGGGGGGGAACCAUUACCCCGGAAGUCCCCCCCCUUAACAACCGCACAUCCGCCUCGAGAUCUGAAUCCUCAUCGAUGAUCAAGUGGAUGUACGGCUAGCACUUCGCCGCGACCACCCUUCAAAGAGAAUCCUAUCUCUUCUUCUCAUUUCAGUGCGCGUUCCUGUUCUUGUUUCCCCAAUUCCAAACCCUAGAGCUUCCCGUCGUCCUUCUCCUGAAGAUGGAAGCUCAAAACUCAGAUCAUAUCAUUGGUGUCAACAAGCCUUUAGAAGCUCCUGGGAUGGAUAGGAAAAAUAUCUGCAAGGGUAAUACCUGUGGUUUGUCAGAACAUGGAACCAGCUCAAAAGAUGCCAAAGAAAGAUCUGCAUCAAUGCGCAAACUUCUCAUUGCUGUUUUCCUAUGUGUCAUAUUCAUGAGCGUCGAAGUGGUUGGUGGCAUCAAGGCUAACAGUCUUGCUAUUUUGACAGAUGCAGCGCAUCUUCUCUCAGAUGUUGCUGCUUUUGCCAUCUCCUUAUUCUCAAUCUGGGCAUCAGGGUGGGAAGCAACUCCUCGCCAAUCAUAUGGGUUCUACCGGAUAGAGAUUCUUGGUGCAUUGGUUUCCAUCCAACUUAUAUGGCUCUUAACUGGCAUUCUGGUUUAUGAAGCCAUUGUGAGGCUCAUAUAUGACAAUGGUGAAGUCAAGGGUGUGCUGAUGUUUGCUGUCUCUGCCUUUGGACUCGUGGUGAAUGUUGUAAUGGCUGUUUUGUUGGGACAUGAUCAUGGUCACGGCAGCCACAGUCAUGGCCAUGGCCAUGGCCAUGACCACUCUGAUUCUGAUCACGAACACGAUUUCGAUCACAAUCACCACCAUGGCCACGGACACAGUCACUGCAAUACCAUCAGUGUUUCAGCUGAUCACCGCAUCUCAGUGGAGAUCAAGCACAAGGAUGAUCACCAGCAUGUUGCUGUUCCUGAGCAUCAACACACCCCAUUACUGGGCCAUUCAGAAGAAGCAAGCUGUGCAGACCAUUGGGCCAAAGACCCUCACAAGAAGACACGAAACAUCAACAUCCACAGUGCGUAUCUUCAUGUUCUUGGAGACUCAAUUCAGAGCAUCGGGGUGAUGAUCGGAGGAGCUAUCAUAUGGUACAAGCCUGAAUGGAAGAUCAUUGACCUGAUAUGCACGCUCCUCUUCUCGCUCAUUGUCCUCUUUACAACCAUCAAGAUGCUGAGAGACAUCCUCGACGUGCUCAUGGAGAGCACGCCUCGGGAAAUUGAUGCAACCAAACUAGAACAGGGACUGUGCGAAAUGGACGGAGUGGUAGCCAUCCACGAGCUACACAUAUGGGCGCUUACUCUUGGCAAGGUUCUUCUUGCAUGCCAUGUUACGGUUACACCAGAGGCGGACGCCGAUCUUCUUCUUAACAAGGUGAUAGAAUACAUAAAAAGGGAAUAUAAUAUCAGCCACGUUACAAUACAGAUUGAGCGCUUGUAGGUUCCGUGCUGGUUGCUGAUGAAUUGGCUGCACUUUUGUUUUAUUUGAUAUGGAUGAAAUGCUAUCUAGUGUUUGCUGCUGCAAAAGUUCACCUAUAAUUAGCAAGUAGUUUCAAAUGUUACAGCAGAUCUGGUUCAGAAGUCAUGAUGCUUGCAAUUUGUAUAUAACCAGUCCAUCAUUCUUAAUCUGCUAGCAAUAAUACAUCCUCUAUUUUUUUUUUGCCCACUUUAUAUCAUAUGUAUAUAUAUAUAUGAAUAGUAAUAAUACAUCUCUCUCCGGAAAAAGUUGGAGAUGUGGGUAAAUUUUCAA